AUGCCACCGAAGCGAGCAAAAAACAAAUCAAGAGCUCACAGGGAAGCCGAGAAGGUGGAGAAUGAUACUGAUGAUGUAAAAGGAGUGGCUCUUGAUCAUAAGAUUCUGUUGAACCCCGCUUUCAAGUUGGACGAGAUCGUUGAGCGCGGUUCAGUGGCUACCAUGAAAAGCUGGAGCGCUGUUGUCACGGAACAUCUGAACUGGCUUCAAUCGCAAAAGGCUGCUCUAAAAGAACUCAUGAGAAGUGCGUACGACUUUUUAGCAGCUAUUUUUGGUUUUAUCCACUACUAA